GUAAAGAGGCAGGACAUAUUGUCUUCUGGCCCCCUUCCAAACUUGUUCCGAAUGCAAUCCUAUCGCUCUGGGCGCAGCGAAGUAUGGACUUUUUCCGCGUGCGCCUGAAUUGUAUCGAUCAUUAUCAAGCUCUGCCCAGCCGCCAUGAUCCGCCACUUCGCAACGAUGUUCAGGCGCCCCCGCCCUUGAAGGCCACAAAAGUGCCUGUUAUUCGAAUAUUCGGCUCAACCGAGUUCGGCCAGAAAGUCUGCGCCCAUGUCCAUGGAGUGUUUCCUUAUAUGUAUGUGGAAUAUGAUGGGAAUUUGAACCGGGAUGCAGUUGGGUCGUUUGUAUACCGAUUGCAUCUUUCUAUCGACCACGCGCUUGGUAUAAGCUAUCGACAAGAUCAGAAUGGAGACAAGGCGAGGUUUGUGGCACGAAUCACACUGGUGAAAGGAACACCGUUCUAUGGGUACUCUGUUGGGUACAAAUUCUUUCUCAAGAUUUACAUGUUCAACCCUGCUGUGAUGACCAGGCUAGCAGAUCUGCUGCAGCAAGGUGUCAUUUUGAAACGGAAGUUUCAGCCAUACGAAGCCCAUCUCCAGUACCUCCUUCAGUUCAUGAUUGACUACAAUCUAUAUGGCUGUGAUUUCGUCGAAUCAUCCCAAACCUACUUUAGAUCUCCGGUCCCCGCAAGUGGAACCAGUACCCCGUCUUCGCAGCUUCCUUGGAAUAUUCAAACUGUUCCCAAAACUUUCAUCACGAAUGAUGCCGCAUUGCCCCGAGAAAGCUAUUGUUCAAUCGAAGUCGAUAUCGCUGCCCAGAACAUCACCAAUAGAAGAAAAAUUAGAGAGCGCUUGCUCCAUCACGACUUUACUGAGUUUCUAAAACCUCCAACAGACGAUAUCAGACUAGUGUCUAGUAUGGCUGGGCUUUGGAAAGCUGAGGCACGAAGGCGCCAACGCCAAUUACUACCCGGCCAAACACAUAUCGAGCACCUGGUAUCCUCGUUUCCGCGAGACGCUUUUGUGUCGAUGUCGGCUGACUCUCGAUCGUCCCAACCCCAGGCAUGGAUUCAUGAAGGAGAAUACCGCCGAAAAGUGGAAAAUCUAGUUGCCAAAGAAAAAGACCAAUGCCAUGGACCGGAGCUCAAUCUGAAUACAUUUUUGAAGCCUCUACACUCUGAAAGUUCCAUCAAAACUGCUUUACAGUCUGUUGAAGAUUUGCAUCCGUCUAAACUCUUGCCCUUACUUGGGCUUUCAUUAAGCCUGGAGCAGCUAGAUGAGGAUCCUGAUGGUAAUAUUGUGGUCGAUGAACUGAAACUAUCUCAAGUGGGAGAAGAUGACCUGCUCGGAAUAGAUUCAGAUGAUAUGGAGAUUGGCCAAGAGACUGGCCAAAACCACGAUGAUGUCGCAGUAGAGAGCACAACGCAAAUGAUGGGUAAAGGCAUCUUAGCUCAAUCAUCGAGCAUCGAGACCAUGAAAUACAGAAGACGGAUCUUUGGAAUCGGCCAAAGCGGCCUUACAACCGGCGAGCUUCCUCAAAUACCCAUAUCGGCCAAAUUAGUUGAAGCUGCGCAACGCAACCUACUUACCCUGAAAAACGAUGAAGCGGCCGUGCGGGGUCAAAAGACAAAAUAUGAUGUUUCAUUUGAAGAUGAACCUUCCCCUAAUUUGACAGGUGCAAAUAAAUCAAUUUCAUAUUACGAAUCUCAGUCGGACAUCUUGCAAUCAAUCGGCCCUUCAGGAUCGCCGCCUCGUAUCGUUGAAGGAGAAAAGACGAAAACCUCAGGUCAUGUCGUGACCUAUGCUAUUCGUCCGCCGUCUGUGGCUGAAAUCACUUUGGGGAAGGAUCACCACCUCUCAACUAGUAUCAUUUACCAGGAUGCUUUCUACAGCAGAGAAGCCGAUCUUCCGAUGCAACGACGGGAAUAUGCCGGUAGGGAGUUCCAAUUAAUCAGCGACACUCUUCCCUUUUUGAAUGACUUUGAUCCCACCGGAGGACUUUCAUCAUACGGAAGCCCCGAUCUCGAUAUGAAUCUAUCGGGUGGGGCUCAUAUGAAACAAGAAGAUCAGCAGCUGAAGAGAGCAUGUUCAUGGAGAAGCUGGGAGAUUGCACAGCUUCCUCCUUCCUAUGAGGAGGUUCAUAAGUGGUCCACUCAGAGCGGCAAGGUCGACACAACUAGCAGUACGACAGCUAGGCGAACUUCAGGCCAUCCACUGCUCUCUCAGAUUGAUGGCCCAACACAAAAGGACAAAUAUGAUUUUAAAUAUAGCCAAAAGCAGCCCUCGUCAGCUGUGCCACACGAAGCCCAAUAUAUGAGCAUAAUGAGCCUUGAAGUUCAUGUGCAUACAAGGGGAAAUUUUGUCCCCAAUCCAGAAGAAGACGAAGUCCAAUGUAUUUUUUGGCACUGGAAAGAUGACGAGGCAAUAGCGACUGAUCGAAUAAGACAUGCAGUAUCUGACGAAGUCGUUCACGAGUCCUCAGAGCUGGAUUUACUCAAUCGCAUGAUUGAGAUAGUCAGAGUCUAUGACCCGGAUGUGCUAACCGGCUACGAAGUCCAUGGAAGUUCAUGGGGCUAUCUCAUUGAACGGGCAAGGCUGAAAUACGACUACGAUCUUUGCAAUGAAUUCUCUCGAAUGAAGGCACAGUCCAAGGGUCGAUUUGGGAAAGAAAGCGACCAGUGGGGAUUCAACACAACAUCAACAAUUCGAAUAACGGGAAGACAUAUGAUCAAUAUAUGGAGGGCAAUGCGUAGCGAAGUGAAUCUUCUCCAAUACACCAUGGAAAACGUUGUAUGGCAUCUUUUACAUCGUCGAAUACCACACUAUUCAUGGAGGUCUCUCACAUCCUGGCUCCAAAGCGGCAAGGCACGAGAUUUAAACAGACUUUUGAGAUACUAUCGAACACGGUCUAGGCUAGACUUGAAAAUUCUCGAGUCCAACGAGCUGAUCUCGAGAACCAGCGAGCAAGCAAGGCUUCUUGGCGUUGACUUCUUUUCCGUAUUCUCUCGCGGCUCACAAUUCAAAGUCGAGUCCAUCAUGUUUAGGAUUGCCAAACCAGAAAAUUUCAUGCUCGUCUCCCCCAGCCGGAAGCAGGUCGGGCAGCAGAAUGCACUUGAGUGUCUACCAUUAGUAAUGGAGCCCCAGAGCUCAUUCUACAGCAGCCCUCUUGUUGUGCUAGAUUUCCAAAGUCUUUAUCCUAGCGUCAUGAUUGCCUAUAACUAUUGCUACUCGACAUUCUUGGGACGAAUCACAGAUUGGCGAGGCAAGAGCAAGAUGGGCUUUACCGAGUAUAAACGGCAAGACGGUUUGUUAACUUUGCUAGAAGAUCACAUCAACAUUGCGCCGAAUGGCAUGAUGUAUGUGAAGUCCGAGGUUCGGAAAUCUUUGCUCGCCAAAAUGCUAACCGAAAUUUUGGAAACGCGAAUUAUGGUCAAGAAUGGCAUGAAAACAGAUCAAGAUGACAAGACUCUUCAGCAGCUACUGAAUAACCGACAGCUUGCUCUGAAAUUGCUCGCCAAUGUCACCUACGGUUAUACUUCAGCCUCAUUCUCUGGGCGAAUGCCUUGUUCAGAAAUCGCAGAUAGUAUUGUGCAGACUGGUCGCGAGACGCUGGAGAGAGCUACAGCCUACAUCCACUCCGUGGAGCGAUGGGGCGCUGAAGUUGUCUAUGGCGAUACCGAUAGUCUUUUCAUCUACCUCAAAGGGCGUUCAAGGAAUGAGGCAUUCGCCAUCGGCCAAGAGAUUGCUCAGGCUAUUACGGAAAGGAACCCAAAGCCAAUAAAGCUCAAGUUUGAAAAGGUCUAUCACCCAUGCGUUUUGCUUGCUAAAAAGCGCUAUGUCGGUUACAAGUACGAAACCAAGGAUCAACUCAAGCCUGAAUUUGACGCCAAAGGUAUAGAGACUGUCCGCCGCGAUGGAACCCCCGCAGAACAGAAGAUUGAAGAGAAAGCUCUGAGGUUACUGUUUGAGACGGCCGACUUGAGCCAAGUCAAAAGGUAUUUCCAGAAACAGUGCAAAAAAGUAAUGCGUGGCAAAGUAUCGGUCCAAGACUUUUGCUUUGCCAAAGAAGUCCGCCUUGGCUCCUAUUCUGCGCAUGGCCCAGCGCCCGCUGGAGCACUAAUCAGCGCAAGGAAGAUGCUGCAAGAUGCCAGAGCAGAGCCACAAUACGGCGAACGCGUCCCGUACGUGGUGAUUACUGGAGCGCCGGGUGCUAGGCUGAUCGAUCGGUGCGUCUCGCCAGAGGAGCUUCUCCGUAAUCCUCACUGGCAGCUGGAUGCAGACUACUAUAUAUCCAAAAACAUCAUCCCUCCGUUGGAGCGAAUAUUCAGUCUUGUCGGCGCCAAUGUGAGGCAGUGGUACGACACAAUGCCAAGAAUACGGCGUGUUCACCAAACAAAGGGGCUUGGGAGUAAGAAACGGACAUUGGAGGCAUACAUGCUGUCGGUACACUGUAUGAUUUGCAGAAGAAAAAUUGCCGGCACUGCAGAGUUAUCGUUGUGCCGUUUCUGCUAUGCCAGAAUGCCGGCCUCUUUGCUAGCGUUACAGGCGAAAUUGACUGCGGCGGAACGCAAGUACGAUGAAACGCUACGCAUUUGCCAGAGUUGUGAAGGCAUUGGCCCUCUGGAAGAAGUUGGAUGCGACAGUCACGAUUGUCCUGUGUUUUGGACUCGCACUAAACUGAAGAACAAGAUGCUCUACGAGCAGGCGGUAACCAACCCGGUAAUUGAUGGAAUAAAUGCCAAGAUGAAGAGCUCCUCUUUGAACUGGUAA